GAUGUAUGUAUAUGUAAUUUGUUAUUUAAUAGCUUAUUUAACUCUUUGAACUUUGAAGCCUCACCUUCCCACACAGUCACACACACCUCUCUGGUUUCCCACGCAUUAAAGUGAGAGAAAACCAAGUUAAACUGAGAGCACAGCAAUCUCUGAAUAUCUUUUUUUUUUUUUUCAUUUUUUCCCCUUUCCUCCAUUUCGAAAAUAAUUUUCGCCGAAAGGAAAGAAAAAGUCUUUACUUUUUUUUUUCCUCGGUGGGUUCAUUACACUACAAACAUCUCUGAAUCUGCUUAGCCCUGUUCUGUCUCUACAGCAAAACCUCGAGAGUUUUUUUCUUUUCUUUCUUUCUCUGUGAUCUAAAUCCUCUCCGAGUGAAUCCUGAAGCGGACAAGCUCUAAUUAGGUUUAGUGCUUCAAGCUCUCGGUUCCAAUGUUGCUUCCGAGAUGGUCAAUCUUGCUCCUAAUUUCGAUUCUUGCGACUACAAACGCUGCAUUCAUCGGCGUAAACAUCGGGACAGGUCUCACCAACAUGCCGUCGCCUUCUGACAUUGUAACGCUUCUCAAAUCACGACAGAUCACACACGUUCGUCUCUAUGAUGCCAAUAGCCACAUGCUCAAAGCAUUUGCCAACACCAGCAUCGAAGUAAUGGUCGGUGUAACCAAUGAGGAAAUCCUCAAAAUCGGACGGUAUCCAUCAGCAGCAGCUUCAUGGGUUAACAAGAACGUCGCUGCUUAUGUACCUUCAACUAACAUAACCGCCAUUGCUGUUGGUAGCGAAGUUCUCACCAUAACUCCACACGUGGCUCCGAUUCUCGCCUCGGCUCUCAACAACAUUCACAAGGCUCUUGUGGCUUCUAACCUCAACUUCAAGGUCAAAGUUUCGAGCCCUAUGUCUAUGGAUAUAAUGCCUAAACCGUUUCCUCCAUCUACAUCGACUUUUAGCCCGUCUUGGAACACGACCGUUUACCAGCUUCUCCAGUUCCUGAAGAACACGGGUUCUUUUUUCAUGUUGAAUGCGUAUCCUUACUACGGUUACACAACCGCCAACAAGAUUUUCCCGCUUGAAUACGCCUUGUUCAAGCAGCUUUCUCCGGUGAAGCAGAUUGUUGAUCCCAACACGCUUUUACAUUACAACAGCAUGUUUGAUGCUAUGGUUGAUGCUGCUUACUACUCAAUGGAAGCUUUGAAUUUCUCCAAGAUCCCUGUCGUUGUCACGGAGACUGGCUGGCCUUCGUCUGGUGGAGCUGGUGAAGCUGAUGCAAACUUGGCUAACGCCGAGACUUUCAACAGUAACUUGAUCAAGCGAGUGUUGAACAACUCAGGCCCUCCUAGCAGACCAGACAUACCUAUAAACACAUACAUCUACGAGCUGUACAACGAAGAUAAGCUGUCUGGACCAGUCUCGGAAAGAAACUGGGGGAUUUUGUUUCCUAAUGGAACAUCGGUUUAUCCUCUUGGCUUAACCGAUGGCUCUGAAUCUGCUGGUUCAACGUUGUUCUGCGUGGCUAAAGCGGAUGCUGAAGAAGAUGAGUUGGAGGGCGGUUUGAAUUGGGCGUGUGGUCAAGGAGGAGCUAACUGUGCCCUGAUUCAACCAGGCCAAGCUUGCUUUUUCCCGAACGAUAUCAAGAGCCAUGCUUCUUUUGCUUACAAUGACUAUUACCAGAAGAAGAAAAGUACAGGUGGAACUUGUGACUUUAGUGGCACAGCCAUCACUACGACUAGAGAUCCUAGUUACAAAACAUGUGCAUAUACUGGAAGCCCAAACGCAAACGCAACGGGAGGGAACUUUCCUACGACUGCGUUAGGACCCGUAAGUCCAUUGGUAGGGAACGCAAACGCACUUAUCAUCUCCAUCUACCAUCUUCCCUUCUUAGCACCGUUAGCUCUCACACUGCUACUACUACUGUUACUUCAGCCUGACCGCCUUUUGUAGAUCGUUGGCCACAACGCGGUUUUGUAGUAACCGGAGAUGUCUAAAGGCGGCUUGGUUUUUUUCCGAUUACCAGUAUUUAUUGUUUUAAUGUGGUGUAGUGUAACUGUGUAAGUGUAGCUAGAGAGAGAGAUCACAUGUUGUCAUUCUUCUUGUUUCAUCUUUGAGCUAAAAUUUUCGAAUUAGAGUGAUUGAAAUUUCAUUUUCAAAUGAAUCAUUGCCUUGUAUUUAUUGAAAAUUUAUGGAGAUCUUCCGUUAUUCUUGGUA